AAAUGCACGUGCUAUUUCUGUCCAAAAGCUGGAACAACGAGUUUGCCCUCGCAUUCUGGAUUUCUGUGUUGCCACCCAUUCAAGUCACAGCUUGCUUGCUCCGGUGAAAGCAUUUGCUUUGUUAACUCCUCAGAGGAGGCAAUGGAGGGCUUUAAGCUGUAUUAUACUUCUCAUCUGAAUGUAGAUACUGCAGCUCCUUUCAGCGACCUGUCUCAUCCUAUUGACAAUAUGCAUGAAACCAGCAGGGAACGUCAAAGGGAAAGUCUAGUUUCUGCCACGGAGAAUGAAGCAACCUUUCCGGACACGAACACAAUGAUGCUGAGGCCAACACCGUCCACGCUAGAUGAGGAAGAAGAACAGCUGGAAGAAGUCAAAGACAGUGAUAACAGCAGAGUGAUGGAGCAAUCUGACAGAAUUGAGCAGAUGAACCUGGAGUCUAAAGAUCCAGCAAUGAGCAAAUCUAUUCGCUCGUACUUAGAUGAAAGUUUGCCGGACCUGCUCAGAAGUGGGAGUCCGCUCAGGAGACGAGUAUCAAGCCCAGUGUCAGACACGUUAAAGCAGAUGCGUCGGGAGGUGGAACUGUCUCGGCGUAGGAGUAUAAAACUGAAGGCUCAAGUGGAUAAACUUCAGGAGCAGAGCCAGGAUGGACUAGUCUGGAGUCAAGACAGAGAGCGGGUGACAGAGGAGAUUCAGUCCAUCGUAAAGCUCCUGAUGCCUCUGACUGAUUCAGAGCCCACAGCAGAUGUUUCUUCCAAGAGCCACUCACUGGAUAUGGCACUGUCUCAGCUGAAGAACAUUGCACGCUCACUUGCUCUCAACCACACAUCUCAAGGAAUCGCCAAAGACAGGACAUCAGACGAUGCUGCUGUAUUACAACAAGCUCUACGGGAUCGCGACGAUGCUCUCGCAAAGAAAAAAGCCAUGGAGACAGAGCUUCUGAAAAGCAAGACAGAAAUGAUGUCUCUGAAUAAUCAGCUCCUGGAGGCAGUGCAGCGGAGACUGGAGAUGGCUCUCGAGCUGGAGGCUUGGAAGGACGAUGUGCAGACCAUUAUACACCACCAGCUCCUGAGUCAGCAGCAGGCAGAACAGGCCCAGAAGAAAUCCAGAGGUUUUGGUGUACUGAGGCGCUCCAAACAGCCCAGUCCAAUCCAGCCCAGUCCAAUCCAGUCUCCGGUAGUCAGCCGGGCGUCCUCUCCUUCUUCCUCUGUGUCCCCCAAUACACCUGUGGCCCAGCGCUGGAAAGACAGACUGAGACGAGGACGGGCCAGUCAGCUUUCCUCUGUCGUCUAUGACAAUUCAGGCAGCCCGUCCCCACAGGACUCUCCGGUCAGCAACAAGGAAGACAGUUUCCAAACAGUCUCUCUUGACUGAGCUUUCAUUCUGAUCUGUCUUAUAACCUAGAACUGAUUGGUUCUGCUGUUCUGAGUGUGUGAAUGGUUUAUCUACAGUGUUUUACUUUGAACUGGUACCAAAAAAAUAACAGAAGACAUGAACAAAUUCUUCUGUUGUAAAUUGUAAAAAUUAAAUGUAUACUUUUGAAGGAUUUACAGAUUAAAAUUGAUUUUAUGGA